UGUACCCAGGACAUAAGUAGCAUUACCAGAUUAGUUUAGAGGGUAGCAUUACUAGAUAGGACGAGAGACGAUGGAUCUGGAUCGGACGGCUCUCGUGUUCGUCUACGGCACCCUCAAGCGCCGCUUCCCCAACCACUCCCUCUUGGCCGACCUCGCCGCCGCUGGCGACGCCUCCUUCCUCACCUUCGCCCGAACCGCUCGCCGCUUCCCCCUCGUCAUCGGUCCCCUUUCCAUCCCCUUUCUCCUCCGCCUCCCCGGAUUUGGCCGUCGCGUCGACGGGGAGCUCUACGCUGUCUCCUCCCGUGGCCUCUCCCGCCUCGACGAACUCGAGGGCACGACCCGCGGCCACUACGAUCGGAUCCCUCUCGUCGUCGUCCCCUUCACUCCAGGGGCCGAUGGCGACGAGGCCCGUGACUCUGAGGAAGGAGAGGAUGCGCCUGGGGCUGUUACCGCGGAGGCCUACUUCGCUCAUCCGAGCAUCGGGGACGACCUGUGGCGGCGAUGCGGAGAAAGAGGGCUCGGAUCCUACACGGAGGACGACGCGAGUGGGUACGUGCCACCCAAGGACCGGCCGGCGGGCACCACGUUCCUUGGCGAGGUAGGUGUUGCCGAAACAAUUCCUAAGCAGAAUCACAUAUCUAUUGUUCGGGAAUCUAACGAGUAGUGGACUGAUAUUGAUUCACCAAGGGUUGUCUUGCCUGUAGAAAUUGUGGAAGUUAAGAAGUUUCAGCUCCAGUGACUGCAUAAUUGAGCAGGGCAAUGCAGUUGGAUAAGUCUAACCAAUGAAGCCAGGAAUAAGAUGCGGUGAGGCACAUUUAUGAUCGUAACGGGCAUGUUAGUGAAUGUGUUUGGCGAUGCAGGUUCAACAGCUCUCGUCGCCUAACUAGGUUAAGACGCAGAGCAAAGACUAACAUGUAGUUCAACUUGUGCUCUCGUCUUUGAGCUACCUACCUGUCUGUGUGUAUAUGCCUAACUAGGUUAAGAUGCAGAACAAAAGCAGUGGCUUGAAGCAGAAAUACAUGUGUGUGAUAAAUCUUGAUGCUACUAGUUUUGGAUUAAGCAUCGACCAUAAAUGUUCGCAAUAAAUUGUAGUGAUUUUAGCAUGUUCACUGUGGGUUCCGC